CAAUGUGGGCUUCACCUCGUUAUGCUUGGUAUAUUUACAGACUUCUUGACGAAAUUCAUAGACAAGAACGUGAAGAGAUGGAAAAGAAACUUCAUGCAAAAGAUGAAGUCAUUGAAUCCAAAGACAAAAGCAUUCAGAAAAGAAUACCACGUUCGGUACCAAAAGGAAAGGAAAAGAACUAUAAGUAUAUGA